GUGUGGUCAUUGUCAAAGACUAACCCCUGAGUGGAAGAAAGCAGCAACAGCAUUAAAAGGUGUAGUGAAAGUAGGUGCAGUAGAUGCAGAUAAGCAUCAGUCCUUGGGUGGACAGUAUGGAGUCAGAGGGUUUCCAACUAUCAAGAUAUUUGGAGCCAACAAAAACAAAGCAGAGGAUUAUCAGGGUGGCAGGACAAGUGACGCCAUCGUUGAUGCUGCUCUAAGUGCUCUUCGGUCCCUGGUCAAAGACCGUCUUAGUGGCAGAAGUGGAGGAUACAGUUCUGGGAAACAGAGCCGAGAGAGUGGAGGUGGAGAUAAGAAGGAUGUGAUUGAACUGACCGAUGACAGCUUCGAUAAGAACGUCCUAAAUAGUGAAGAUGUGUGGAUGGUGGAAUUUUAUGCCCCGUGGUGUGGACACUGCAAAAAUCUGGAGCCAGAAUGGGCAGCUGCUGCUACUGAGGUGAAGGAACAAACCAAGGGAAAAGUAAAGCUGGCUGCAGUAGAUGCAACAGUCAAUCAGAUGCUGGCAGGCCGAUAUGGGAUUCGUGGAUUUCCCACUAUUAAAAUCUUCCAGAAAGGAGAGGACCCUGUUGAUUAUGAUGGUGGGAGAACUAGAUCUGAUAUCAUUGCUCGUGCUCUGGAUCUGUUUUCUGAUAAUGCACCACCACCUGAGCUCCUGGAGAUAAUUAGUGAAGAUGUUCUGAAGAGUACCUGUGAUGCUCAUCAGCUCUGCAUCAUUUCUGUCCUGCCGCAUAUUCUUGACACAGGAGCUUCAGGGAGGAAUUCUUACCUAGAUGUCAUGCUAAAAAUGGCUGAAAAAUACAAAAAGAAAAUGUGGGGGUGGCUGUGGACAGAAGCAGGUGCUCAGUCAGAUCUUGAGAGCUCUUUGGGGAUUGGAGGCUUUGGGUAUCCAGCAAUGGCAGCUGUUAAUGCUCGGAAGAUGAAAUUUGCCCUUCUGAAAGGAUCAUUCAGUGAGCAAGGGAUUAAUGAGUUCCUCAGGGAACUAUCUGUUGGUCGUGGCUCUACAGCACCAGUGGGUGGUGGAGCUUUCCCUAAAAUUCAUUCAGUUGAAGCUUGGGAUGGCAAAGAUGGUGAGCUUCCGGUUGAAGAUGAUAUUGAUCUCAGUGAUGUGGACCUGGAUGACUGGGAUAAAGAUGAGCUGUGAGAUCGUCAGGAAAUCUCUUUUCUUGGGAGAGUUUGUGCAGCAGUUUGCAACCUGGUUCACAGUCAGAUGGAUAUUCCAGUGGCCUUUUUUUGGAGAAAUAGCAUGUGCCACACUGUGCUAUUUGAUGCACUGCAGCAGUGAACUGUACGCAUCUCAAGAAAACACUGCAGAAAUUCUAUGAAUUGUCAUAACCAGUAAACUUCAUUGUAUUCUGUGUAACAAAUAUUUUGAGGACAACAUGGAUAUUUCUUUGGAACAUCUUGGUUUUUAUUUUGUGGAUAGUGUCCUCUUUGAGUGUUACUGGAGGCUGUUAGUGUAACCAAUUUUAAAUGUGACUUUUUUUUUUUUUUUCAUGGAGGUGAAACCUGGUCAGCUUCUGUUUCAAUUAAAGAAUAAAACAAAGUAUUUUUG